AUGGCAUCCUUCGCGUCGCGUUCAGUUGCAACCCUACGUGCUGCUUCUCGCCGUGCACCUCGUAUCGGAGCAAGCAUUGCAGCCAAGCCUGCACAGAGCGCGUGCUAUUCUUUGCUUGCUCGUCAGGCUUUGGCAAGCACAUCGCCCCAACUUGCCCUUAAGUCCGCUGCUCGGGGCGUGAAGACACUUAACUUUGCUGGCACCGAGGAGGUUGUUUACGAGCGAAGUGACUGGCCGCUCGCGAAGCUCCAGGAUUACUUCAAGAAUGAUACCCUUGCUCUCAUUGGCUAUGGUUCUCAGGGCCACGGUCAAGGCUUGAAUGCUCGUGACAACGGUCUCAAUGUCAUCGUUGGUGUCCGGAAAGAUGGCGAGAGCUGGCGGCAGGCCAUGGAGGAUGGUUGGGUUCCCGGAGAGACCCUAUUCCCGAUCGAAGAAGCCAUCAACCGGGGCACGAUUAUCAUGAACCUUCUCUCUGACGCAGCGCAAUCACAAACGUGGUCCACCGGCAAGACCCUCUACUUCUCGCACGGCUUCUCUGUCGUAUACAAGGAGGACACCAAGGUUAUACCUCCCAAGGAUGUCGACGUCAUCUUGGUUGCGCCCAAAGGCUCUGGCCGUACUGUCCGCACCCUAUUCAAAGAGGGUCGUGGCAUCAACUCUAGUGUGGCCGUCUUCCAGGACGUCACGGGCAAGGCCAUGGAAAAGGCUGUUGCCAUCGGUGUCGCUGUAGGCUCAGGGUACAUGUACGAGACCACCUUUGAGAAGGAGGUUUACUCCGACCUCUAUGGUGAACGUGGUGUGCUCAUGGGUGCCAUCCAGGGUCUUUUCUGCGCGCAGUACAAGGUGCUUCGUGCCAACGGCCACACUCCUUCGGAAGCCUUCAACGAAACUGUCGAGGAGGCCACUCAAUCUCUGUACCCCUUGAUUGGACAGAAGGGCAUGGACUACAUGUACAAUGCCUGUUCCACGACUGCUCGCCGUGGUGCUCUUGACUGGGCACCCAUCUUCGAGAAGACCAACACGCCUAUCUUUGAGCAAUUGUACGAGAGCGUCCGAAACGGUACAGAGACCCGCAAGUCCCUCGAAUUCAACGGCCGCUCGACGUACCGCCAAGAUCUGGCCAAGGAGUUGAAGGAGAUCGACGACCAGGAGAUCUGGCGUGCGGGCAAAACCGUGCGGUCGCUGCGUCCUGAUUACAAGGCUGAGUAG